AUAAAAGAAAGCUUCUCCCCACAACACACAAAACUCACCUCCCGUUGACAUCAAACCCCCCCACUCUUCUCCUCCGGCGAUGCAAGGCCAACGUAAACCCGACAGCCUCUCCUUCGACAUAGCUGAAUCAGCCGAGACCCGAAUCCGUCGCCUGAUCUCGGAGCACCCGGUCAUAAUAUUCAGCCGAUCAUCGUGCUGCAUGUGCCACGCCAUGAAGAAGCUUCUCGCCUCUAUUGGGGUCCACCCAACCGUUAUUGAACUCGACGAUCACGAGAUGGCUGCCCUCCCUCCUCCCCCUUCCGAGGGAGAUGAUAGCCUCUCUCCGAGAAACUCCUCCGCCCCGGCCGUCUUCAUUGGUGGGACCUGCAUCGGCGGCCUUGAAUACCUCGUGGCACUCCAUCUUAGUGGCCACCUCGUCCCCAAACUCGUUCAAGUUGGUGCUCUCGCGGGUAUGGAAUAAUUUGCUCUAAUUAAUAUUCAAUUAGAACAACAAUUAAUCUCAAAAAUCAAAAUCAGGGUAGUAUUAAGAUUUGAUCUUUAAGUUCUAGAUGAUUUGGGUUUGUUUUGUUGUUGUUAUUUCUUGUAAGCAUAAAAGUUAGGCAAGAAAUUACAUCCUUAUAGCAGCAGAAGAAAAAUCUGCAUAUAUAGUACGUACGUACGUGUGCAUAUAAUUGAUUAAUCUUAAUCUCAACCUUCUGUCGAAA